AUGAAAUGUAUUGUUGAAAUUUCCUCUUUUUCAUUACAAAUUUAGAACCAUUUUGUUUUUAGUAAUUAAAAUUAAGAUAUAUUCUUGGUUAAUUCUAAAAUGUUAGAUAUUUAUUCUGUCCAUUAUAAAUUAAUAUCAAUAUCUUUUUUAAAAAAGUAUACAGAAAUAACAAAAUAUUGUAUGAAUUUCACUAGGAUUGAUCUAUUGAAAUAAAGAAAUUUUAGAUCAUAGAUAGUUUGA